UUAAAAGUUAACAGUUCCAUUUUUUUUUGAACUGUUUUCUUAUUUUAUAAUUCAGUCUGAAAAUGAAGUUUAUCAUGAAUGACUUGCGGAGUCAAAUGAAUGCUUAAUGUUUUUACAAUUGCAUUCCGCCUUUAUUUUGUUGGGGUAAGCAUGACUGCAUGGGUUUAUUGGUGAUUUCACGUUCCAAAAUAAACCCCAAAGACACAUUUUGAUACAUUGAACAUGCUUGUCACAAAACCAAAAUUAAUAUCUCGCUAGAUUUUUUUCCUGAUAAUUUCUCGCUAGCUCACCAUAUAAACCAACUUAAUUGGAAAUUCAAAUAAACGAAAUAUUGAACCCUUUUCAGCUAUUCCCUGAAAAAAAUAAUUCCCCACCCCCUCUUUUGGCUCAUUUCUCUCCUCUUUGUUCCCAUUCAGAACCCUUUCACCCUCUCUCCGUCGGAGUUCACCAAGUUCAGUGCUGCCAACCAAAUACUGGCAGAUUAUUGUUGAUUUUAAGUGAAGAUAAUGUUCAUUCAACUUCAGCAUCUUCCCUGGUUUUGUGGUACUCAUUUUGUCCGAGAAAAAAAGCCCUAUAACAGCAAAAUCACCAUUUCCUGAUUCCCCUUCAAAAUUGUCUGUUUUUAGGAGAUAUUUAAACUAAUCUAGGCUCUAGAAUGUUUGUCUAAAUUGUUUUGAGGCUGAUAUCCUUUGGAACAUUAAGAUAUCCUGGUUGCUGAGAAACUUUAGCACUCUUCAAUUCCAUGAAGUUUACAUGUUUAAGUGAGGGCAGGGGCUACUAUUUCCCACCAUGCCACAUAGUUAAUAUAUGUGGUUUCCAGGUGUUACUUGACUGCCCUUUGGACCUUUCAGCCCUAGCUGUAUUUUCUCCCCUACCAAUUGUUAUUUCUUCCCUGCUUGAUGAGAAAGCUUCUAUUCAUAGCGGCCAAAGUUCAUCAAAUUCAGAGUCUGUAAGACAGGAAGUUUCGGAGCUUCUUCAUUCCAAAAAUUUGAUACAGGCUGAGCCUUGGUAUAAAACUGUGAAAAGUUUGCAGCUUUGGAGUAUUUAUUCCAUAGAUGUGGUACUAAUCUCAAGUCCUAUGGGUAUGCUAGGGUUACCUUUUCUUACCCGCCUCAAAGACUUCAGAGCAAAGAUAUAUGCAACAGAAGCAGCUUCCAGACUAGGGAAACUGAUGAUGGAGGACCUUAUUUCCAUGCAUAUGGAGUUGAGACAAUUCUAUGGACCUGAAGAAUCUGGUUGCCCUCAAUGGAUGACAUGGGAAAAACUUGAACUACUUCCUAGGGCACUAAAGGAUAUUGUUUUAGGCAGUGAAAGGACAGAGCUCGGUGGAUGGAUGUCCAUAUACAGUGCAGCUGAUAUGAAGGGUUGCAUGGAGAAGGUUCAAUUCCUUAAGUAUGCUGAAGAAGCCUACUAUAAUGGCUCAUUGACCAUAAAAGCAUUGAGUUCUGGUUUAGAGAUAGGUGCUUGUAAUUGGAAUAUUCUAAGUCCAAAAGGAAACAUUAUUUAUCUUUCUGGCUCUGUUUUUGCAUCAGCAACUGCAACCAGUUUCGAUUACAAAGCUCUUGAAAGAAGUGAUGUUCUAUUAUAUUCAGACUUCACAGCCUGCAAUGAUGUUGAUGGUGAAAAGAAUGAUUUCCCUCCUGCUACUGGCAGUUCCUAUUCAAGUAAUAUUGGUAGUUGUUGGGAAACAAUACCUGAAUCAUGGCUUGAUUCAGAUGAGUACUCUGAAGAGAUGGAAAAAGUAUCUUUUAUAUGUUCUUGUGCGUUGGACACUAUUAGUGAUGGAGGAUCAGUCCUUAUUCCCAUUGGACGGCCCGGAGUCAUGUUGCAGCUGUUGGAGAACAUAUCACUUUCACUAGAAUCUUCAAAUUUAAAGGUUCCUAUAUACUUUGUUUCUUCUGUGGCGGAAGAGUUGUUGGCAUUUUCCAAUAUCAUACCUGAAUGGCUGUCCAGUCAACUGCAAGAAAGAUUUUGUUCUGGGCAACCACUAUUCACGCAUAUUCAGCUGUCAAACGAGAAAAAGCUCUUCGUAUCUCCUGCAAUACAUUCAUCAAAAUUCCUAACAAGUUGGCAGGAACCUUGCAUAGUAUUCUGUCCUCACUGGAGUUUGCGACUUGGCCCUGUUGUCCAUCUCCUUCAACGUUGGUGUGCAGAUCCUAACUCGUUGCUUAUCAUUGAGGAAAGAGCUGAUAUCAAGUUGGCUUUGUUGCCUUUUGAGCCAAUGUCAAUGAAGGUCCUUCAAUGUUCAUUCAUCUCUGGAAUAAAGCUAAAGAAAGCUAUACCUUUACUAAAGAUAUUACAACCUAAACAUGUGCUGGUCCCUGAGAGUUUGAGGCCCCAUAUUAGCUGUUGGAACCCCAAAUUUUCAGUCCAUAGUUUCUCCGAAAAUGAAACUGUAGUUGUGCCCAAGUUGAAAACAUUUGCCGAUAUGGACAUUGCCAUGGACAUGGCUUCUGAGCUGCUCAUUGAUACAAAAAUGAUACAGGGAAAAAAUAUUGCAAGAUUAAAGGGAGAGUUGCUCAUUGAGCAGGGAAAGUAUCGGUGUGUUCUUAGAAACAAGCAAGUGCUUUCUUCACAAGUUAGGCCAUUGCUAUUUCUGGGUAGAGUUGACUUGGACUCCCUUCUGAUGGCUUUAAAGAAGAUGGGUAUGAAAGUAGCUGCACAGCAUGCCCAGAAUACUGAUGGAUCAGAAAAUGUAUCACUUAUAUUCAUCUCGGAGCCCAAUGAAGCCUUGAUAGAGGUUACAUCAACUCAAACCACGAUAAGUGUUGGUGAUGAGACUACUGCUUCCCUGGUUUCUGAGGCUGUUCGUAGCACUUUAGUUUGUUUCUGAUAAAAGAUGGCACUUGUACAUACCUAGAUGCCAAUGGUUUAAGAAGAUUAACUAAUUUUCAGUUUUGAGGAGAAAACGAUUCAUUUAACUGGGAAUGGAGGUUGGGAGUUGUAACGAAGGGCAGUCUUGCAGCGUCUUUUUCCCCAGUCAAGCACUGGCCACUGCCCUGUUGAUAGAUACUGGAACAAAGAGAGUGCAUGCAUAUUCUCUAAUAUUUGUACUAUUGUUUUGGUGAUACCUGUAUCUCUUUGCGCCAAAAAAGAAGAUUUUCUUAGAAAAUGGAUUUCUCGUUA